AUGGCGGACGUUGACAUGAGCGACGCUCCGAAAGGUGCUGAUGCUGCUAAUGGCAAAAGUGCCGAGAAGAAGAAGUUUGAGGUCAAGAAGUGGAACGCCGUCGCACUCUGGGCUUGGGAUAUUGUCGUUGACAAUUGUGCCAUUUGCCGAAACCAUAUCAUGGACCUCUGCAUUGAGUGUCAAGCGAAUCAAGCAUCCGCGACGAGUGAGGAGUGCACCGUCGCCUGGGGCAUCUGUAACCAUGCCUUCCACUUCCACUGCAUUUCACGAUGGCUCAAAGCUAGAUCGGUAUGCCCACUGGAUAAUAGGGACUGGGAGUUUCAAAAGUACGGUCGAUAG